GAGCGGCGCACGCGGCACCCUGUUGGAUCGCGCACUCGAGAGACGACACGACGCGAGAGCCGUGCCGGGGAAGAGAACGCGCCGCACCGGACAGCGAACGCGACCAAACCAAGCCAUGGCAGCCAACCCCAACCACUGCCUCCGCCGCCUCGCCUCAGCUCUCUCCCACGGUCCCCGGCCUCCGACUCCUCCCGCGUCCCUCCUCUUCCCCCGCCUCGCGCUCUCCAGCUCCGGCCCCUCCACGGGCCCGACGCCGCCGCCGCCGGAUGCCGUAAGGAAGGGGGAGGGAGAGGAAGCGGCGGAAGCCAGGGCCGCCGAAGCCGAAGCCGAAGCGGGGAAGGAGGAGGAGCAUGAGGACGACGGCGGCGCGCACGUGAGCAAGGCCACCGGCGAGGUCGGCGGCCCGCGGGGGCCCGAGCCCACGAGGUACGGUGACUGGGAGCGCGCCGGCCGCUGCUCCGAUUUCUGAACCGCCGCUGGCCGCGAGGUGAGGCCGUCAGCGUCAGCACGGAACCUGUGGAUGUGGUUCCGUAUCGUACUGUUGGAUUUGUCUGUCGUGUGCUAGUAGUGUGCCUGUUGUCACCUGUGCAAAGGGCGGCGUUAAAUUUGCGUUUUGCUUCGUCUUCUGGGGAAUAAACAGAGUUGACAGUACUCGGCUCAAAAAGUUCAGAUCGACUCAGUUGUUGUUGUUUUUUUUUUUUGCCUUGAUUUUUCAUCUCGCUCAGCUCGAGUGAGCAGGUUCUGUUGUUAGGUUGCCUGAUCUUGGUUAUCACCGGACGUAAUGAAACAAUGGAACGCAGUGCACACAUCAUUGUGACUUCUUAGAAUUCCGCACAAGCAAAGGAUGAAAGUUCCUUCUUCCC